AUGGAUUUCAUCGUUGAUACGAUAGGCGACGAUGAUCUUCAAGUAAAAUCAGAAUUAUUAGACGAAAACGAUCGACUCCUUAUAGAUGAUGAAAACAAGACUGAGGCUAUAUUGGCUUUAUUUGAAAAGAAAAAGGAAGAGCUCGAUAAGGUGGCAAUGGAAAGGGAAGAAGUGCAUAGCAAAUUAAAAGGUCUAAAAAUUGACAGUGUCUUCGAAGAUUUUUUCAGUGAAAUGGGAUGGAACAACUCUAUAAUAGUAAAAAAAGUAAAGAAGAAAAAAAAACUUUUUCAUUUUGAGCAAUUAGAUAUUGAGACAGGGAAUCUUAAAUCUAAGUUGGGAUCAGUAAAUGUCGAUAAAGAAAUGGAAAAGUCGGUUUUGCAACCAGGACUAGAAAAGAAAAAUCGCUUGCCAAGAUAUGAUAUAAGUGAUAAACGGCUGAAGGCACUAAGAAGAAAACAACGAGAGAAGACUAAAGGUCCUGGAUGGUUCGACAUGAAGGCCCCUGCAAUGACUGAAGAGUUAACAAAUGACUUGCAAGUUCUUAAAAUGAGAUCCGUCAUGGAUCCAAAGCAUUUUUAUAAGAAAAAUGAUAUGGAAGUUCUACCAAAAUACUUUCAGGUUGGUCGUAUUGAAGACUCUGCUCUUGACCAUGUUAAUGAGCGUUUAACAAGGAAGGAAAGGAAGAGGACAAUGGUGGAUGAAUUGUUAGCAGAUGUCGAAUUCCAAAAAUAUAAUAAGAAAAAAUAUAAAGAGAUAAUUGAAGAUAAGAGAAAAACUGAAUAUAGAACAUUCAUGAGGGACAAACGGCAGAAGAAUAAAACUGAGUUAAAAAAAACUAAAUUAAAAAGCAAAAAAAAUGCACAGAAU